UGCGCAGACACCCGAGCCGGCCCAGUCCACAACACAGUGGCAGAACGUCGCGAGCAACAAACGCGCUCUUGAACUUGAAGCAGUCCGACCUGGCACCUAGCACGCGCCCCGCUUGGCCAUGGUCGUGAUCCACAUGGGAAGCUGCGGCUCGCCGGUGCGGGAGGUGAACGACGCCGACGACGGCAUGGACGAGCGUGUCGGCAGCGGCCUGCUCCACGACGACGGCGUGGUGCCGCAGGGGCGGCGUGGCCGCCUGCCGGACCGGCUGUCACCCACCAACCAGAUGCGCGGCCACCAGCGUGUGCCUUCCGGCUCCAGGGAGUUCAAGGAGCUGACGAAGCGCGAUGCGCAGACGCAGCUCGCGCACGAGCUGGAGGGGCUGCUGGCCACGGCCGAGGAGGAGGCCAAGAAGACCGUGGAGCAGGAGUUCCAGGGAUUCCAGCGGCUCUUCGAGCGCUUCCUGCUCGACCAGGGCUCCACCAUCAGCUGGGACCGCAUCCAGAAGCUGCCCGAGAAUGCGGUUCGUGACCACAGCACGCUGAAGGAGCCGGCCCCGGAGCAGCUGCACGCCAUGCUCAACAAGCUGGUGGUGGUGAAGCUGAACGGAGGCCUGGGCACGUCCAUGGGGUGCCACGGGCCCAAGUCCGUCAUCCCCGUGCGCUCCGAGCUCACCUUCCUGGACUUGACCGUGCAGCAGAUAGAGUACCUCAACAAGAAGUACCACGUGAACGUGCCGCUGGUGCUGAUGAACUCGUUCAACACGGACGCCGACACGCAGAAGAUCACGCGCAAGUACCGCAACCUGCAGGUGGAGAUCUACACGUUCAACCAGAGCUGCUACCCGCGCAUCAACAAGGAGUCGCUGAUGCCCAUCGCGCGCAACUGCGACGUGGAGAACGACAUGGAGGCCUGGUAUCCACCUGGACACGGCGAUUUCUACGAGAGUUUCAAGAACUCUGGUCUUUUGCAGAAGUUCUUGGAGCAGGGUCGGGAGUACGUUUUCAUUUCCAACAUCGACAACCUGGGCGCGACCGUGGAUCUGAGCAUCGCCGACCUGCUGCUCAACACCGAUGAGAAAUCGCCCGAGUUCGUCAUGGAGGUCACCGACAAGACUCGCGCCGACGUGAAGGGUGGUACUCUGAUCCAGUACGAGAACAAGCUUCGUCUCCUGGAAAUCGCUCAGGUUCCGAAGGACCACGUCGAGGACUUCAAGUCGGUCAAGACGUUUAAAUUUUUCAAUACCAACAACCUCUGGGUCAAGCUCAGCGCGAUUGAUCGGCUCAUGUCGGAAAAUGCUCUGAACAUUGAAAUAAUUGUGAACAACAAGACACUCGAUAAAGGCCUCAAUGUCAUCCAACUGGAGACUGCAGUCGGUGCAGCCAUGAAAUCUUUUGACGGUGGACUUGGAAUUAACGUACCUCGUCGGCGGUUCCUUCCUGUGAAGAAAACUUCGGAUCUUCUGCUGGUCAUGAGCAAUUUGUACAGCCUGCAGAAUGGAUCUCUAGUCAUGAAUCCAGAAAGGAUGUUCCUCACUACUCCUUUGGUGAAAUUGGGUGAUAAUCACUUUGCCAAGGUCAAGGAGUUCUUGAGCCGGUUUGCCAAUGUACCCAAUAUUAUUGAGCUUGAUCAUCUGACAGUAUCUGGUGAUGUUACAUUUGGCAGGGGAGUUGUGUUGAAGGGUACUGUAAUUAUUAUUGCCAAUCAUGGUGAUAGGAUUGAUAUACCAUCAGGAGCUGUCCUGGAAAAUAAGAUUGUGUCAGGUAAUCUCAGAAUCCUGGAUCACUAAGCGCACAGAAAUGUAUUACAGAGUUUGUAUUUUUAGGAAUGAAUUUGUUAACCAGUUUGUCAAUUCUAAUUAUGUUGUAGAAUUUUAUUGAAAGUAUUUAGGGUUUUUUGAAUGCUUGCGUUAAUCUUUGAAUCAAGAUUUAUACUAAGAUUAAAGUCUUUUAUACAUGUUUUUAAGAAAUUUGUUGCUACACUUUUAUUCAAGUUUUAAAAUUGCUGAGUUGGAAUGUUUUAAUUUUGAGAUUACCACUGUACAAAUAAAUCAGCUUAAGCAAACCAAA